CCAUCACUAUUACAACUACUACGUUUUCUACUCUUGUCCUGAUAUUCCAAUGGAUCUGUUACCAUGUUUCCUCCUGGUAAGCCUUGUACUCUCCUCCUCCCACCUUGUUUCUGCAAAUUUUUAUAACGACUUUGACAUCACAUGGGGAAAUGAUCGUGCUAAGAUACUCGACAAUGGCCAACGCUUGCAGCGCACUCUCGAUCAGUCCUCAGGCUCAGGUUUCCAAUCUAAGAAUGAAUAUCUCUUUGGAAAAAUCGAUAUGCAAAUCAAGUUGGUGGCUGGUAACUCGGCCGGCACUGUCACUGCUUACUAUCUGUCCUCACAAGGGGAUAAACACGACGAAAUAGACUUCGAUUUCCUGGGAAAUCUAUCUAGAGAUCCCUAUGUUAUGCACACCAAUGUUUUCUCACAAGGCAAAGGCAACCGUGAGCAGCAAUUCUACCUCUGGUUCGACCCCACGGCAGACUUCCACACUUACUCCCUGCUCUGGAAUCCCCAACAAAUUAUAUUUUCUUUGGAUGGAACUCCCGUGAGAGUGUUUAAGAACAACGAGAAUGUGGGUGUGGCGUAUCCAAAGAAUCAAGGCAUGAGAAUAUAUUCGAGUCUGUGGAACACAGACGAUUGGGCAACUAGAGGUGGGCUUGUGAAGAUAGACUGGAGCAAAGCCCUCUUCGUCGCCUCAUACCAGAGUUUUAAUGCACAGGUGUGCAGUACUUCUUCCUCUGACUGCUCUGCAAAUGCAUGGUACAAUCAAGCAGCAUUGGAUUCGGGUGAGCAGCAGCAACUUGAAUGGGUGCGCAAGAACUAUAUGGUAUAUGAUUACUGUUCUGACACCAAAAGUUUUCCACUGGGCCUUCCUACUGAAUGCACCCGUUAG